UGAACCUUCCAGAGAACCGCUCACAUUGCUUUCUUUCCUAGUCUUGAUGAGGAGAACCAAGAAAAGGUACAAGCAGCGCUUGACAGGCUCAUGGAAGGCCGGACAACCUUGAUGAUCGCUCACAGGUUGAGUACCAUCAAGAAUGCUGACCAGAUUGUUGCGUUCGACAAGGGCAAGGUCGUAGAAAGCGGUACUCACGAUGAGCUGCUCCAAAAGGAAGGAUCAAUCUACGCAAAACUGUGGAACAAGCAAGCGGCUGGUCCGGAAGCUCUCGACGAGGAAGAAGACGAGGAAGAAGAGCACGAGAUGGACGCUGCUGAAAAGGAAGACAUUUGCUUGCAUCCGGGCUUGUCAGUGUCAACGCGUCUCGCCAUUAUCAAGAACAGAAUCGCAGAUGCGUCCGUCUCCAGCAGUGCAACCCAAAAGGAGCUUUUGAAACUAGUGGGCGAGAUGGAGAAGGAAGCCGAAAAGAUUGAGAAUUCCAAGGUACUCCGAGAACUUGGCAUCAAGACCCAAGUGACCAAAGAUUGGAAGGGCAUGUUGACCGAACAUACAUCAGAGGAAAAGAAUUCAAAGUUCAAGGGUGCAGCGCGCAAGAUCAUUUUUAAGAAUGCUCAUGCCAAACUUCGGGACUCGUUGAGUAUGGAAGAGUAGCCCGAAGACUAAUUAGCUGGAGCUUCACGACUCCUGUGGCGGGCGAACUGAGGAAUAUAAAGGAAGCAAGCCACAUCAGCACAAGUAAAGUACUAGCUAACUAGUAGCAAGUAGGUUUUUGACGCGAAAGGCGCCUCCUUCUCACGCCCAGCUCUUGAAUUAUUGCUACCGUACCAGUGCUUCCCGACACUUCACUGCACUUUGCCAUCUACAACCCUACAUCUCCCUCCUCGGCUUUCACGGCUGCUUCCUCUUUGGUUUUGAGACGGGGCAACAAGUCAUGAUCAAAGUUAUCCACCAAGGCGUGACAAGCACGAGCAUUCACCACGUUAAAGUGAUGUGUCAGCUCCUCUGGUUUCUUGGCUUGUUGGGCCAACCCCCGUGCCAUGUGAUCGUACACGACGAGAAUCAAGAACUGAUUCAACAGACAGGAUCGAUAGAGUUGCCGACAAUCGUCCAAGGAAAUUGUUUCGGCGGCAAGUGCAUUGUGGUAGGCUUGUAGCAUUUCUUCUUCCUUGGCCUUGCGCACGGGUAUAUCGAGACUGACAAUGGCAAAAAAGGCCAAAUCAACGAGUGGAUGGCCUCGUCCACAGGCCGCCCAGUCGAAGAGCCACACCGUGUUGUCCUUAUCGUCAAACAACAUGUUGGCGACAUGAAAGUCUCCAUGAAUCAGUGUUUGCAGGGGAUGAUUGUAGAUGUCGUCGUGAAUCAGUGACAAACGUCGCGUGCUCAAGUCGCGGCAAAUCUCCGAGACACGGUCCACCACGGCCUUGUCAUUGAUUGUUGGGGCGAUGCUUUGCAAAAACUCCUGCCACAUGUCUGGGAAUUGCGUCUCUUUCAUCAUUCCCGUGGCAGAACUGCCAAUCCCUGCAGGACACGCCAAUUGGUUGUCUUGGUAAUCCAAAAACUGAGCAUGCAUUUGACCCAAUCGAGUGACCACGGGGACCACUCGGUCCGAGGGACAUGCCUCUACGACCGUGUACGAAUGGUCGGCGGCAACGUACUCGACCAUAAUCAUGGAAUUGGAGGUGUGAAUUGGGCGUGGCACUUGGAACGAAGUGAUUUUGGGUCGGACGUGUCGAUAGAAAUGCGAUUCGACUUUGAACAUGUGCUGUAAAGGAAAUUGGGGUUUGAGGAAUUUGGCCACAAACUUUUGGAUCGUUUGCUUCUGCUGAUUGACGGCGUGGACGUCGUCGUGGACGUCGUCGUGGACGUCGUCGUGGACGUCGAUAAAGACAACAUGAGACAAAACUCCCACUUCGGCAUCCUUGGCUUGGAACGACUUCACUGAGAGGGCGUCCUCUUCUCCGUAUUCUUUCUCCAGGGCCUGUGCCAGGAACUCCUUGGUCAAGUCUUCUGGUUUCUGUGGAGUGCUCAUGGUGUGUAAUGGUCUUUGGCUGCUUUCCAAAAAGUAUGAUCGAUUUGGUUUUGUGGGAAGAGAGGAAAACAGAUUCAAGCAAA